AUGCAGAAAAAACUAGUUCCUGAAAUAGGCAUGGAGUUUGAGACAGAAGAAGAAGCCUUUAAAUUUUACAAUGCAUAUGCAUAUGGUGUUGGUUUUAGUAUUAGACGAAGUAAAUUUCAUAAAGAGAAAUGUGGGAAGUUGAGAGACAGACUUUUUGUUUGCUCUGCUGAAGGUAAGCGUGAAAAGAAUAAGUGUGAUGGCAGUGUGAAAUCUCAUCGUGCUGAGACAAGAUUUGGAUGUCUAGCAAGGAUGAAAAUUAGUUGUCGGCUAAAUGAUAAGUAUUGUGUUACUGAGUUUGUGCCUGAGCAUACGCAUGUUACUUCUAGUCCUUGUAAGACCCAUUUUUUUAGGUCACAUAGGAACAUGUCUCUUGCACAAAUAGUUGAAGCUGAUAUGGCCGAUAGUUCGGGAAUUGCUCCAAAAGCAACUCUAGAACUUCUGAGUAGACAAGCCGGUGGACGUCAGAAUCUUGGAUUCAUUCCUGUAGAUUAUAAAAAUUAUUUACGUUCAAAGCGUACAAGAGAAAUGAGGGUAGGAGAUACAGGGGGCCUGUUAGAAUAUUUACAACAAAUGCAAUUGAAUGAUCCUAAUUUCUUUUAUGCUAUACAAGUGGAUGAAGAUGAUAUGAUUACUAAUAUCUUUUGGGCUGAUGCAAGGAUGAUGGUGGAUUAUGAUUAUUUUGGUGAUGUGGUAUGCUUUGAUACGACCUAUAGAAAAAAUAAAGAAGGAAGACCUUUUGCAAUGUUUGUUGGUGUCAACAAUCAUAGGCAAACUGUCGUAUUCGGUGCUGCAUUAUUGUAUGCUGAAACAGCUGACACAUUUAUUUGGUUAUUUGAUACUUUUGUCAAGGCUAUGUCUGGAAAAAAACCAAUAAGUAUUCUAACAGACCAAGAUGCAGCAAUGGCUAAAGCGUUGCUUUCAGAGUGGCCAGAAACAUGUCACCGUUUGUGCAUUUGGCACAUAUACCAAAAUGCAGCCAAGCAUCUUAGCAAUGCUUUUGAGAAGUUCAAAAAUUUUACCAAAGACUUCGGUAGAUGCAUAUAUGAUUAUGAAGAUGAAGAUGAUUUUAUAAACGCUUGGAAUAACAUGCUUGAAAAAUAUAAUCUCAAGGAUAAUGAUUGGUUGAGGCGAUUGUUUAAUAUAAAGGAGCAAUGGGCAUUAGUUUAUGGGCGACAAACUUUUUGUGCUGAUAUUACUACUACCCAACGCAGUGAAAGCAUGAAUAGUGCUUUAAAGAAGUAUGUUAGUUACAAAUAUGAUUUGCUACGAUUUUUUCAACAUUUUCAGAGGUUAGUUGAAGAUCGUCGUUAUCAAGAGUUGAAAGCUGAAUUUAGAGCAAGUCAAAGUUCACCUGCAUUGUCAUUUCCAGUGGAAAUAUUAAAGCACGCAUCAAAUAUAUAUACACCAGAAGUGUUUAAGUUGUUUCAAGAUGAGUUGUGUAAAGCUCAUGAUUGUGUCUUGAAAUUCAAUGGUGAGAUUGGAAGCAUCAGCAAAUAUGAAGUUAUCCCUCAUAAGAAGUAUUGGCACCACACAGUCACAUUUGACUCAAUAGAUAAUACGGUUUUAUGUAGUUGUAAGAAGUAUGAGUUUGCAGGAAUCUUGUGUGCACAUGCCUUAAAAGUCCUCUCUACCAGAAAUAUUAAAAAUAUUCCCGCUCAAUACAUCUUGAAGAGAUGGACCAAAAAUAUUAAGGCUAAGAGUACAAAAUCUACUUGCAAUGUCUCUAGUGAAAAUGACUCAAAAGUAGAAAUUGUCAGGCGUUACAGAGAAUUAUGUCGGUUGCAUACUCAGUUAGCAACACGAGCAUCAGAGUCGAAAGAUGCAUAUGAAACUGCUAUAUUAGGACUUAACAAUACGUUGAGAGAUGUGGAUGCGUGUUUGAAGAAGAAAGCAAGUCAAGAACCAACUCAGGUGAUCUCAAAAACUACCAGUGCAUCUAAGCUUAAUGAGUAUAUUUGUAUUGACGAUGAUAUCAUUAAAGUUAGAGGAAUCAAAACUAAGACCAAAGUUGUUGGCAAUUCUAAAAGGCCAAAGAAUGCUUUGGAAAAGCUCACAAAGAAGAAAAAGCCUCGAAAUAAAGAAGAAUGUGCUCUAUUGGAACAGGUAUUUUAA